AUGGCUGCGUCUCAAGCACAGAAGGAUGCUUACAAAGUAAUGCGGAGGGGCACUCGCGCCUGCCGCCGUCGCCGUAAGAUAAAAUGCAUCUACAAUGAUGAUGCUAGUGAGAUCUGUCAGGAGUGCGCUGCGCAUUCCCGCGAAUGUAGCAAGCAAGGCACCGUAAGAGCUAAAGGUCAUCCGAGCUCGUCAGCAAAGAGCGUAAGGGUCCAGGUCACACGGCUGGAAUCGGCUGUCGAGAAGCUUGAACGAGAGAGAAAUCGCGCGGAUGAGCCUAAUCCAACAGUCGAUGCCACAAGAUCUGAUAGGCAGUCCAACAUACUACAGAAUGGCUUCGAUACCUUGGGGUCAGACUACAAACGCAAAGCUCCACCCGUCUUUGCGCUCUUCGACAAUGACAUUCUUCACCAAAAGGAUGUUCUUGACGCAUACACAAUCGAGUUCCCAAGUUCGAUACAAUUUCCACAAUCAACCCUAUCCGAUAGAGACAAAUUACUGAGCACAAUAUCCAAUAUACCUAACAUCCUCCAGGUCUUACAUUUCGCAAGCGACUGGUGGAUCUCAUGGCGAGAGCAGCACUUUGCGCUGCGAAAGGUAGCCAGUAACAGGACUCUUUACGAUUUCGUUCAGUCGAAGCUCAGUGAGGAUUCUCCUAUCGCAGUUGCCUUGGGUCUCAUGGCAGUCGCUAUGGCUCUUGGACAAGUUCGACCAGGAAUCGAUGAUAUGAGCUUUAAUUUACCAGUGCCUGCCAAUCACAUCACGAACCACAUUCUCGCAGCCGUCGAUCAAGUUAUUUGUGAUUCGAAGGAAUAUCAGCUACAGAACGAUUCAAUUAUUCUAUUCAUGAUGCGUGCCAAGCAUCACACUGAGAACAAUCAACUACGCAAAGCAUGGCUGCGUAUCAGACAGGGCAUCAGUUGUGCACAAGCAAUAAACUUCGGCUCAUUGACAUCAGCUGAACUGAGUGAGGAAGCGGCUGAACAGCAGCGCUUCCUUGCCUCCAUAUUCGAAAUGGAUCGCUUGAUCUCCAUGAUCCUUGGUCUACCUUACGCUGUAGAUCCUGCCUUUACCGAUGUCAGAGCAUUCAGUGUGAUACUCGAUCCAUCUGUUGAAGACGAAUCUCUUAAGAUGCGAGCGUUGAGGAGAAUCAUAGCAAUCACUGCUGGGCACGUCAAUGAUCGAAAUGCUCAGGGGCAUGAAUGUCGCCACUUUGCUGACUCUACACAGGCCACGUUAGACAUGGUCGCCGGAGCAAUGCCGGUUGGCUGGUGGGAUUUGGCAGCACAACCACUCUCUGGGCUUGCUGCUCACAGAUACGAGUCAAUCAUGGUGCAACUUUGGUUCUGGACAGUCCAGACCUAUCUUCACUUACCAUACCUCAUCAAGCCGAGAGAGGACGGGCCCUAUCCGCAUUACCGGCAACUAUGCCUACAAGGUACACGUAACCUCCUGCAAUCUUUUGUGUAUCUACGCACGGAGCCUUCAGUUUCAGUUUAUAUGUGCAACUGUGAUGACUUUCAAGCUUUGCUAGGUGCAUGCAUAUUGCUUGUAGGGACAUUGCAGAAUGCAUCGAAGCUCUUGGACCAGCCGGCUGGAGACGAAAGUCUCGAGACUUAUGAAAGCUGUGCUAGUCUUGACGCCGACUUGGCGCUGAUAGAGGAAUUGAAAGAGAUCUUUCGAUAUCGAAUGCACGAACAAGGUGGUAUAAUCAGCAAGCAAGGUCUAGCUGUUUUAGAAGAGCUAACAUGCUUCCUCUAUGACGAUGAUGAUCAACAUACCGAACUAGAUGGCAGUCAGACUGGAUUAACAGGCAUGAAUAUUGGUAUCAACAGAGAGCAGAAGACGAUCAUGUUACCAUACUUCGGUACAAUUAGAGUUGAAUUGACGAAGAAGAUCCCAAAAAGGAGGACAACAUGUCCGAAAACGCUUACAAUGCCCACGCCGCCUCGCAGUACUUCAGGUUCUCAAGGUGAUCUCUCACCAGGAUUGCAAAGCCUACCAAAAUUUUCACCUUCGUCCUUUUCUGAAGCUACACCUGAUGACCUUGCCGAUCAACCACAACCUUUCUUCGUUAGCAUUAUGCAGGCUAACCCUUAUCAUGGCACUAACAAGAACGACUCGGCUUUAAACACAGCUAGUGAAGUUGGACAGGACCUUGCUCCAGACCUGCCACAGAUGGCUCCUAUCGCUUGGGAUCAGUGGGAGAACUACAUGUUUAAUCAAGAACUCGGACUAGACUGGAAUUCAGGAUCGCCUUGGACAGACACACCAUUUCGAUGA